UCGGACAAUCAUCAGAGCUGAACAUGGAAGCACCGUCACUCUGCCAUGUAGACCAGCUGGGAACAAAGACGUUACAUUUGUAGAGUGGAGCAAAGCUGAUCUGGGAGUCGAAAUGCUUGCCCUUUUAUACAGAGAGCCUCAGGUUGAUUCAGAUGCCACAUGUGGAUCCUUCAAGGACCGAGUGAAUCUGAAGGACGUGACGAAUAGAGACAUGUCUUUGAUCCUGACGAACGUGACGGCUGCUGAUACAGGAACAUAUGAGUGUAAAGUUGGACUGGCAGGAGAUAAGUUUGACCCUAAGAUCAUCAGCACCAUUGGUCUGAAAGUUAAACCAGAUCAGAGAACCAUCAGAGUUAAAUAUGGAGCAACCGUCACUCUGCCAUGCAGAGCUCCUUUAAGGGAAGAGCUUGAUGUUGCAGAGUGGAGAAGAACUGAUCUGGAGUCAGAUCAAUAUGUUAUUUUGUUCAGUGACAAUAGAGUUAAUAAAGACUCUCAGUCUCCAUCCUUUAAGGACCGGGUGGAACUGCAGGAUGUGGGGAAUGGAAACGCUUCUUUGAUUCUGAAGAAAGCAACACCUGAUGAUUCAGGAAUAUUUGAGUGUCGAGUCGUUCAGGGAGGAAACAGCUGCAGGAAGAGAGACCCUCUGGACACUGACCUGCUCAGCAUCAUUAACCUGAUAGUUGACCCAGGUGAGUCUGAUUGUUUCUGGAUCAGAACCUCCAGCAGCUUCCUGGUUCUGAUGUGAGACACAAACCUCUCAGAUCAGAUGUUUUUCUCCAGGU